AUGGGCAAGCAUCGUCCAUCCAACAGCGCAGGUAAAUUGGUAUGCUUAAUAACCAGCAUCAUAAACUGCAAGGGACUCGGUGCCGGGCUCUGUCUGAGGGUGGGGAGGCAAUAUACAUUCAUCUGCAAGCUUCAGGUGGUGAAAGAAAUCUAUCCGAAACGAGUGGUCGUUUGCGCGACAAAGACAUCGGAUGUCUGCAUUCAGCUCGCCACGCUUACAUUGCAUUGCGGCGAUGGUCUGUGUUAG